AUGGAGUCGGUUGUGGAAAGUCGCCACCACACGGUGGGCGAAGAUGCCGCCGCGCUGGAACAUCUAGGCCACAAGCAGGAACUGAAGCGGAAUUUCUCCAUGAUUUCUAUGCUUGGUCUUGCUUUUGCCAUCCUCAACACCUGGACUGCCCUCGCUGCUUCCAUUUCCUUGGCACUGCCAUCCGGUGGGCCGAGCUCUGUCGUCUGGGGUCUAAUUGUAGCCGGCUGCUGCAACCUGUGUCUCGCCGCCUCGCUCGCGGAAUUCCUGUCGGCAUAUCCUACCGCCGGCGGUCAGUACCAUUGGGCCGCAAUCAUCGCGUGGAAGCGUUGGAGUCGGGGCAUCAGCUACGUGACAGGCUGGAUUAACGUAUCUGGAUGGGUUGCGCUGACGGCGACGGGCGGAUUGCUUGGUAGCACCUUCGUGUUGAACGUCAUCGCCUUGUUCAAUGAGAACUACGAGGCUAAGACCUGGCAUCAGUUCCUCAUCUACCUCGCGUUCAACGUUGUUGCACUGGUCGUCAAUGUCUUCGCCAACAGAUUGUUGCCUCUGGUCACCAAGGCUGCGUUUUACUGGUCCGUAGCUGGAUUCAUCAUCAUUAGUAUCACACUCUUCUCUUGUGCUUCGCCAAACUUCCAGAGUGGAUCCUUCGUCUACGGAAGCUUCAUCAACGAAGUUGGGUGGCCUGAUGGACUUGCAUGGAUGCUUGGCCUUCUUCAGGGCGCUUUCGCCUUGACUGGUUUCGAUGGUGUGGCACAUAUGAUCGAAGAGAUCCCCAACCCGCACAUCCAGGGCCCUCGCAUCAUGCUAUAUUGUAUCGGCAUUGGAAUGGUGUCUGGGUUUUUCUUCCUCAGUUGUCUCUUGUUCGUUCUUAAGGACGUCGACACGGUCAUCGACUCUGCUUCUGGACCUCUCCUACAGAUCUUCAUGGAUGCGACCAACAACAUGGCUGGAAGCACUUGCCUCCUCAUGUUCCCCCUUGUCUGCAUGCUGUUUACUACAACCUCCAUCUUGGCCACCAGCUCUCGCAUGAGCUACGCUUUUGCCCGAGACCGCGGUCUUCCCUUCAGCAGCGUCUUGGCCAAGGUCCAUCCUACCUUGGAUGUACCCGUGAACGCUCUUCUCUGGACCCAGGGUUGGGUCGUCAUUUUUGGGCUGAUCUUCCUGGGCUCUUCCAGCACAUUCAAUGCCAUCACGGCCGCAUCGGUCGUUGCCCUGGGCGUGACCUACGCUAUCCCGCCGGCGAUCAACUGUCUCCGGGGUCGUAGGAUGCUACCCGAAACCCGGGCGUUCAAGCUCCCGAACGCCGUGGGUUGGCUGUUCAACAUUGUCGGCAUAUGCUGGACACUCUUGACGACUGUCCUCUUCGUGUUCCCUCCGGAGACCCCUGUCACCUCGGAGAACAUGAACUACUGCAUUGCUGCUUUUGGCGUCAUUCUCCUAAUUGCUGUUACAACCUGGAUCUUUGAUGGCCGCAAACACUACGUGGGCCCUAAAAUGGAUAUCGAUGGAAUGCUUCAUGGCAAGGUUGAGGGUAUGGAGCCGGUUGGAUCGGCGCAGACGGCACCAGAGGAGGAUAUCAAAACAUAA